AUGGUGGGAAGGCGCUCGUCCGGGACUUCCGCCCACGUGGGAGCGGCGACGGUGUCGGGCUUUGCGGCUAGAGUUAUGGGGCCGGCGCCCGAAGGAGCAUCGGGACGUGCGGCUCCUAGGGAGCCAGAGGUGACAGAACCCAUUCUGGAAGACAUGGCGCCACAGGAAAACAAGGAUACCCCUCCUUCCAAGAAGCGUCGGACAGGGGCUCAGGAUGCGGGAGUACUGGGGCCUGUGGAGCUGAGCCAAGCCCAACUGUACAAGGAGCCCACGAGUGAAGAGCUGAGCCAGAUGAAAGAGACAGAAAACCUCUUCCACUCCAACCUCCUCCGCAUGCAGAUGGAGGAGCUGUUGAAGGAGGUGAGGCUGAAGGAGAAGAAGCAACAGCGCAUCGAUACCUUCUUGCAUGAGAUUAAGCAACGACUUCUUACUGUCCCUUCAACUGAGGUGACUGAGAUGACAGACCAGUCCUGGCUGCCCAAAGGUGUAAGAGUACCCUUCAUCCAGAAGCCUUAUGCUGUGAAAGGUCGCUUUCAGUUCUUGCCUCCCACUCAGGUCACUGUGGUGGGCAGCUACCUGCUAGGAACUUGUGUCCGGCCAGAGGUCAAUGUUGAUGUAGUGUUGACUAUGCCAAAGGAGAUCCUACAGGACAAAGAUGGGCUAAAUCAGCGCUACCUAAGAAAGCGUGCCCUCUACAUAGCUCAUCUGGGCCACCAUUUGUCUCAGGACCCACUCUUUGGCAGCGUCCGUUUCUCCUACAUAAAUGGUUGUCACCUGAAGCCCCUGCUGCUGCUCCGUCCUGCAGGAAAGGACGAGCGGCUGGUCACUGUGCGCCUAUACCCUUGCCCACCACCUGGGUUCUUUCGUCUGUGCCGCCUGCUGCCCUCCAAGAACAAUGUCCGCACUACCUGGUUCUGGGACAAGAAUACUCCAGAGGAGGGUGUCCUGGAUCCUCCCACCCCUCACUAUAACGCCUUGCUCCUCUGUGAUGAAGUUAUGGAAUCUCACCUUCACCUUUUGUCAGCCAUGCUGGUCUCCUCUCCUGGCCUUCGAGAUGGCAUGAUUUUGCUCAAAGUCUGGCUGCGGCAACGGAAUCUGGACAAGGGCGCCGGAGGCUUCAGUGGCUUCAUUGUCUCCAUGCUGGUGGCCUUCUUAGUGUCUACUCGAAAAGUCAGCAAGUCUAUGAGUGGCUAUCAAGUGCUGAGGAAUGUUCUGCAGUUCCUAGCCUCCACGGAUCUGACAGUUAAUGGCAUCAGCUUGUGUCGUAGUUUGGAUCCAUCUCUGCCAGCAGUGGCUGACUUCCAUCAGGCCUUCUCCGUGGUCUUCGUGGAUCCUUCGGGCCACCUUAAUCUCUGUGCUGAUGUCACAGUUCCCACAUACCAGCAGGUGCGACAUGAAGCCCAGCUGUCUAUGGCUGUACUGGAUGACAAGACUGUGGACGGGUUCCAGAUGCUGCUCAUGACACCCAAACCAAUGACCCGAACCUUCGACCAUGUUCUCCACAUUCAUCCCCUGAGCAGUCUGUACGCUGCCUGCCGGAGACUGAAGCUGUGGUCAGAACUACAGGACCACGGAGGAGACUAUGUGGCCGCCAUACUUCCCACCCUGACCGCCCUCCUGGAACGGGGCCUGGGCUCCCGGGUGACCUUGUUGUCCCAUUCACGGGCUCCUGUGCCCCAGUGGGAGAUCAACCAGAACCCCCCAAAGCACAAGGACCGGGGUGCCUUGUCUUUGGGAUUGCAACUCCGGCCAGAGGGACUAGUCAGUGUUCUAGAGAUGGGACCUGAAGCUGAUCAUCCGGAGGCCGCUGACUUCCGACAGUUCUGGGGCUCACGAUCAGAAUUGAGACGUUUCCAGGAUGGGUCGAUCCGGGAGGCUGUUCUUUGGAAGGCUGAAUCCAUGGCCGAGAAGCGCCUCCUGCCCCAGCAGGUGAUCGCUCACCUCCUAAAACUCCAUGCAGGAAUACCCGAAUCCUGUGUCCAUUAUGUGGGGGGCUACUUGGACCCUCUGAUCAGAGCCCCCAAAGAGGCUCACAGCACAGGCGAGGAGGCACUGGCCGCAGUGGUCCGCUCCUAUGACCAGCUGAGCCGCCAGCUGUGGCGUCUCAAAGGGCUUCCCCUGACUGUCACCUCUGUUCAGGGAGCUCACCCUGCCCUGCGAUAUACCGAUGUGUUCUCCCCUGUUCCUGCUUGGCUUGAUUUCACAUUCCAUGACCACCUGGAAAAACGGGACGCGCUUCUGCCUCGGCCCAGCAAGCCCUGCCCAGCCUUUGUGGAUCCCAUAAACGUGGUGUGUCACCUGGAGGGCAGCGGGCAGUGGCCCCAGGAGGCAGAGGCCAUACAGCGGGUGAGAGCUGCCUUCCAGUUGUGCCUGGCAGAGGUGUUGAGUCAGGAGCACGGACUCCAGUGCUCAGCUAAGGCCUCCCACACUGACGUCUACAAGGACGGUUAUGUUUUCCGAGUCCGGGUGGCAUACCACCGGGAGCCCCAGAUCCUGAAGGAGUCCUGCACCCCAGAGGGAAUGAUCACACUGAAGGAUACGCCUACCUCAAUCCUUCUUGAUCGGGACACCCGGCAGCUGCCCCAGCUCACUAGUGCUUUGCAUGGGCUCCAGCAGCAACACUCAGCUUUCUCUGGUGUGGCCCGUCUUGCAAAGCGCUGGGUACGGGCCCAGCUCCUCAGUGAUGGACUGACAGAGGAGAGCCUGGACCUAUUGGCUGCCUCCCUCUUCCUGCAUCCUGCCCCCUUUACCGCACCCAGUUCCCCCCAGGUUGGCUUCCUCCGUUUCCUAUCUUUGUUGUCCACAUUUGACUGGAAAAAUAACCCCCUUAUUGUCAACCUGAAUGGUGAACUCACAGCUGAGGAUCAAGCAGAGAUUCAUAGCCACUUCCUAGAGUCUCGAAUCCGCCUUCCUGUCAUGGUCAUUGCCACACCCCAGGACCGAAGCCUCUCCUUAUGGACAAAGGACAAACCCUCAGCUCAGAUCCUGCAUCACCUUGUGAACCUGGCGGCUAAAGCUCUGGCAGUCCUAGAGAAGCAGUUAAUGGAUCCUUCUGCGUCUGGAGACAUCAGGAUGGUAUUCCGGCCAGCUCUGGAUGUCUAUGAUGUGCUAAUCCGCCUGAAUCCCCGGCAUAUCCCCCGGCACCGUGAGGCUGUGGACCUACCAGCAGCCUCCUUUAGCAGAGGCCUCCUUCAGAGCUCUGGCCCAUCCCCCCGGCUGCCCGUGCUCUGCUAUGACCCUCCGAGCCUCUACCUCGAUCAACUCAGAAAGGCCUUUGGAGACUUGGCACUAUUUUUUUAUGAUCAGCAUGGUGGAGAAGUGAUUGGUGUCUUAUGGAGGCCUGAUGGCUUCCAGCCACAACCCUUCAAGGCUAGUGGUAUGCAAGGGAGGAUGGUGGUGUCACAGAGUGGGGAUCUGGUGACAGUGCCCAAUGUGGAGGCCAUAUUGGAGGAUUUUGCUAUCCUGGGCAAAGGUCUGGUCCAGAGUGUGGAAGCCCAGAGUGAGAAGUGGACAGUGUGAUCUCAGACUCCAUCGUGACUUCAGCCCCAGAGGGAAAGUGGAGGAAGACGUCUGAAGCUGUGACUGCCGCUCCUUCCUCCCGCUAAAAGCCCCACUUGUUCCCUCACAGCCCUGGGGCCUGGUUCUGCGCUUGGCCUCAUGAGCUCCAGGGCCAGCCCCACUCAGACCCGGCACUGGGCACUGACUGAGGCUCUGGAGAACAGUCUGGGGAAGGAGCGAGAGCAGCAGGGAUCGUGAAGUGAACUUGUUUUUUCUUGUUGGGUUUUUUUUUUAAUAUUUUGAUUAUUUCAGUAUUAUUGGUUUCCCUUAAAAUUCUAUGUAUUUUGUCUUAUGCAUUUAAAAACAUUCUAAGAAGGGGGGACCGUAGGGUUGACCAGAGUGCCCAGGGCGGGGGGGGGCAUGACACAAGAAAGGUUUUACAAGCCCUUGCCUUAGAGUAAAGAAAAGGCCUAAGCCUCAGUUCCAGCUGUGACAGAUGGACCCUAGGACAUGCUGUGCUACCGGAGGCAGAAGAUCUGGUUUCAAAUUCUGCCUCUGACACUACCUGUGUUCCCUUGGGCAUGUGUCAUAACCUCCCUGGACCUUGGUUUCCUUUGACUGUAAAGUGAUGGUGUUGGACUCCUGUCCUUCAAGGUCCCUUCCAGCACUGAAUCUCUCAUCUUGAUUUUUGUUCCCACCCUGGAUUCCCUUUCAGGGAAUGAGGUCCCUUCCCCAAGUCAUUUCCGCUAGAUGAAUGUGGCUUGGGAGGCCAGAGUCCUGUCGCUUGGAGUUUGAGUAGUGAGGCCACAUCUUUAUCUCUCCUUCCAGUUAUCGCAGACCCUGACUGCCUUUUGUCUCUCUUGGAAAUCAGAGACCUUACUCUUGGGGGCCAGCCUCACAGAGUGUCCCAGCCUUGAUGCUCAUUGGAGCACUGGAUCUUUCCCCAGGCCUUGAAUGCCUCCUUAGGGCUGGGAGCCAGGCAUGUUCCCAAUCCCUCCAGGUUUGGAACCUUGGGAUGUGCAUAUGAGCUAGCCAGGUGGGGAGAAGGGACUGAGACACAUGGCCCUCCCCCUUGGACAGCCUGUUGCCCCUUUGGGGGAGGAAGACUUGAUAGCUCUCGUUUUGAUAAUUGUCACUACCAAAUGCCACCUUUCCCUCCCCUCCCCCACUCCCCAGCUCUGGGGACCACGUCUUGAAACAAAGAUUAGAAAAGGAACAACGACCAGCACAUCCAAUGAGUCUUGACAGUAUAUGCAUUGUGUCACACCCAUGUUCCCUCCCCACCCCCAAAGAAAGGAGGGAGGGGUAUGUUCUUAUCAUUUUUGACAGGGCCUUGCUCAGUGACAAUUCUACCAGUUGGGACAAUUCUGCAGCUUCUGUUUUAUCUUUCCUUUCUUUCCAUUUACAUUGGUGUACUCUCUGAAUGUUGUUUUAGUCAUGCCUCCAAUCAGUUGGCACCUACUUUGUUUCCAA